CAAAAACCACGAUCUGUUCUGAUCGUCAAAAAACCUAACGACAAAAAAACAAAUCAGGCCUUGCUAGAUAUAGCCAAUUGGCUACAUCAAACGUAUCCUGAUACAAAUAUCAUUGUUGAGCCAGAGGUGGCAGAUGAAUUUUACAGAGAAUUACCAUUUGUACAUAUUAUUGAAGAGGAUAAGAAAGAAGAUUAUACACGUGCAGUUGACUUUGCAGUUACUCUAGGGGGAGAUGGCACUAUGCUUCACUUAUCAUCACUCUUCCCAAAAGCAGCUCCUCCCGUCAUUAGCUUUUCAUUAGGCACCUUAUGUUUUUUAAUGUCAUACAAAUUCGAAAACUAUCAGCAUGUUUUAACAGAUAUGAUCGCGGGAAAAGCGAAACUAAUGAUGAGAAUGAGAUUAUUUUGCUCUCUACAUCAGGAAAACGGCAAAAGAAUUGAAGUAGAUGGAAAGGAAGUCAGUGAUAGACAAGCAAUGAAUGAAGUUACCUUACACCGUGGACGAUCACCCCAUUUAACUACAGUUGAGUGUUCAGUAGACGACCAGUUUUUAACACAAUGUGUAGCGGAUGGCCUUAUCGUUUCAACACCCACAGGGUCUACAGCGUAUUCUUUAUCAGCUGGCGGCCCUAUUGUCCACCCAAGUGUUCAAAGCUUGGUUCUGACCCCCAUUUGCCCGCGAUCCUUGUCCUUUAGAACCGUAUUACUACCGUCAAGCUCUAAUUUACAACUAAAGGUUAGUAUCAAAGCGAAAGGGUUUGGAAAGGAGGAAACGGUAAUGUAA